ACAGAGCUUCUGCAUCGCAGCACCACUUCGACACCUUAGUCCGGUCUGGGAGAUUCCCGCGACCAGUUCAAAAUGGACGCCGUGGCGAGCAGCAAGCUGAGCGACGGGAUCGACGCCCCGCUGUGGAUGUUCUGGAAGCGGCGCCGCUACGUGGUCGUGGUGAUGGCGUUUCUCGGCUUCAUGAACCUGUACCUGACGCGGGUCAACCUGAGCGUUGCCAUCGUGGCGAUGACGGAGAACCGGACCGUGGUGGGGGAGGACGGGAGCGUUGCGUUUGAGCGCGACUUUGAUUGGAGCUCCAGCGUGCAGGGGUACGUGUUGAGUUCGUUCUUCUACGGGUAUUUGGUGACGCAGAUUCCCGGUGGGAUGUUGGCGGCCCGGCUUGGUGCUACGAAUAUGUUCGGUACGGGUGUAGCGGGUACCUCGAUUUUGGCUCUGCUAACGCCACUAUCUUCUUACGGUGGAGCCGGAUGGGUCAUAGCUAUCCGGGUUCUGCAGGGAAUGUUCCAGGGGGUGUCCUUCCCAGUGAUGCACGAAGUGUUCGCCAAGUGGGCACCUCCGUGUGAGCGAUCGCGCAUGGUGAUGUUGUCGUUUGCGGGAAUCUACGUCGGCACGAUCGUGUCCAAUCUCGUGAGUGGAAUCUUAGCCGAAGCGCUAAGUUGGGAGAGCAUAUUCUACGUGUUCGGAGCGGCUGGUUGCUUGUGGUACAUCGCGUGGGCGGUGAUGAUCAGGAGAACUCCCCAAGAGGAUCGUUUCAUCACAGUUAAGGAGAAGGAGUUCAUCAUGCAGAGUCUUGGGAACACUGAAGGUCCUGCGGAGAAGGUGAAGCAUCCCUGGAAGAGCAUUCUUAGCUCGUCCGCCGUGAUAGCUUGUGUAACGGCAAACUUCUGCAACAAUUGGGGCUUCUACAACAUGCUGACUCUGUUGCCGACGUUCUUGAAAGACGCCCUCCACUUCGAGACGCAAUCGUCCGGAAUCAUAGCCGCCCUGCCGUACCUCACGAUGUCCAUCAUGCUCGGCGUGGCCGGCUACCUCGCCGACUGGUUCCAGAUCAAGGGCGUCAUGACGACCACGCAGGUGCGGCGAAACUUCAACUGUCUUUCGUUCAUAAGCCAGGCGGUCUUCCUGACCACCGGCGCCAUACUCCUAGACACCGUACCAACGAUCAUUUGCAUCACCAUUGCCAUCACGAUGGGAGCGUUUGCGUUGACCGGCUACGCCGUCAACCAUCUGGACCUUUCACCGAAGAGUGCCGGCGUCAUGAUGGGACUGUCCAACUCGUUUGGAACCGCCGCGGGCAUCGGAUCGCCCAUCUUGACCGGCUACCUCACGCCGAACAAAACCGGCGAGGAGUGGAAGAUGGUGUUCUACGUUGCGUCCGCGAUUCACAUGGUCGGUUUUGUGGUGUACUGGUUCUGGGCGUCCGGCGAGCUGCAGCCCUGGUCGAUCGAGAUGCAGGAACGACGACGCAAGGGUUACGAAAAUAAAGCAAGCGUUGAAGAUUAG